AUGCAGUCGAAUAUUCGACCGAAGACAGAGUUAGAAUUUUUUCAUCCUGCCACCCUAUCAUGGACACGGUUGACGGAAAAUCAACCAUCUAUUCUGUUCAAGAUACUGGCUUCAACACAUACUGAUCACUGUGCUUUGUCUGGGCCCGUAGAUGAGACUGAACGAUUCUCGAGUACACUUCUUCUUUUCUACGAACCAGGCUACCGAACGCCUGGUGACAGUUCAAUCAGACACACAUAUAAGGAAGAAGUCAUGCUAUUGACUGGGCGACUCUACGAUCAACGACUUCAAAAAUGGUUUGGAACAGAUGAGUACGCCUGCCGUGAUGUGGGCAUGGAACAUGGUCCGUAUUUAGCUGAUGAAAAAGACGGCUGCUUGAUGAUUGUGUGGAUUGGUAGAGAUUGA